AUGACAAUAUAUCAAUUUUUGGUACUAUUUCUACUCUGGGUAUGCCUGCCACAUUUCUGUUCUCCAGAGAUAAUGUUCAGAAGGACUCCUGUGCCCCAGAAGAGAACUUUAGGUACACGUGUACCUAGGAGUGAUGGCAAAAUUCUGCAUCGUCAAAAACGUGGGUGGAUGUGGAAUCAAUUUUUCUUACUGGAGGAAUAUACAGGAUCUGAUUAUCAAUACGUGGGCAAGCUUCAUUCAGACCAAGAUAAAGGAGAUGGAUCACUCAAAUAUAUUUUAUCUGGAGAUGGAGCAGGUACUCUUUUUAUUAUUGAUGAAAAAACAGGUGACAUUCAUGCCACAAGAAGAAUUGAUAGGGAAGAAAAGGCCUUUUAUACUCUGCGUGCACAAGCUAUUAACAGAAGAACUUUGAGACCAGUAGAACCAGAGUCUGAGUUUGUGAUCAAAAUCCAUGAUAUCAAUGACAAUGAGCCAACGUUCCCAGAGGAAAUUUAUACAGCUAGUGUUCCAGAAAUGUCCGUCGUAGGUACUUCUGUGGUGCAAGUCACAGCUACAGAUGCCGAUGACCCUUCCUACGGGAACAGCGCCAGAGUUAUUUACAGCAUACUCCAAGGGCAGCCAUAUUUCUCUGUGGAGCCUGAAACAGGUAUCAUCAGGACUGCUUUACCAAACAUGAACAGAGAAAACAGGGAGCAAUAUCAAGUGGUGAUCCAGGCCAAAGAUAUGGGCGGCCAGAUGGGAGGCUUAUCUGGGACCACGACGGUGAACAUCACGCUGACAGAUGUAAAUGACAAUCCACCUCGCUUCCCCCAGAACACCAUCCACCUUCGUGUUCUUGAGUCUUCCCCAGUUGGCACAGCCAUUGGGAGCGUAAAAGCAACUGAUGCUGACACUGGGAAAAAUGCAGAAGUUGAAUAUCGAAUCAUUGAUGGUGAUGGGACUGAUAUGUUUGACAUCAUAACUGAGAAGGACACACAGGAAGGCAUCAUAACUGUGAAAAAGCCACUUGACUAUGAAAGCCGAAGACUUUAUACUCUGAAGGUUGAAGCAGAAAACACCCAUGUGGAUCCACGUUUUUAUUACCUGGGACCAUUUAAAGACACGACGAUCGUAAAAAUAUCUGUAGAAGAUGUGGAUGAACCACCUGUUUUUAGCAGAUCCUCCUACCUGUUUGAAGUUCAUGAAGAUAUUGAAGUGGGCACGAUCAUUGGUACUGUGAUGGCAAGGGACCCAGAUUCUACUUCUAGCCCCAUUAGAUUUUCCUUGGAUCGUCAUACCGACCUUGACAGGAUCUUUAACAUACAUUCUGGAAAUGGAUCCCUUUAUACAUCAAAGCCACUUGACCGUGAACUAUCUCAAUGGCACAAUCUUACUGUUAUAGCUGCUGAAAUCAACAAUCCCAAAGAGAUGACUCGCGUGGCUGUUUUUGUGAGGAUUUUGGAUGUUAAUGACAACGCCCCACAAUUUGCUGUGUUCUAUGACACUUUUGUAUGUGAAAAUGCCAGACCAGGGCAGCUAAUACAGACUAUAAGUGCAGUAGACAAGGAUGACCCUUUAGGUGGACAGAAAUUUUUCUUCAGUUUAGCUGCUGUCAAUCCAAACUUCACAGUCCAGGAUAAUGAAGAUAAUACUGCCAGAAUUUUAACCAGAAAAAAUGGAUUCAAUAGACAUGAAAUAAGUACCUAUCUCUUGCCUGUGGUGAUAUCAGACAAUGAUUACCCAAUUCAGAGCAGCACAGGCACGCUGACCAUCCGAGUGUGUGCUUGUGACAGCCAAGGCAACAUGCAGUCCUGCAGCGCGGAAGCCCUGCUGCUCCCUGCUGGCCUCAGCACGGGGGCCCUCAUCGCCAUUCUCCUCUGCAUCAUCAUUCUGCUGGUUAUAGUCGUACUGUUUGCAGCCCUGAAAAGACAGCGGAAGAAAGAACCGCUGAUCUUGUCCAAGGAGGACAUCAGGGACAACAUCGUGAGCUACAACGACGAGGGCGGCGGGGAGGAGGACACCCAGGCCUUCGACAUCGGCACCCUGCGCAACCCCGCGGCCGUGGAGGAGAAGAAGCUCCGGCGGGAUAUUAUUCCCGAGACGUUGUUUAUCCCUCGGAGGACUCCCACGGCUCCCGACAACACGGACGUGCGGGAUUUCAUCCACGAGAGGCUCAAGGAGCACGACCUGGACCCCACGGCGCCGCCCUACGACUCGCUGGCCACCUACGCCUACGAGGGCACCGACUCGCUGGCCGACUCGCUGAGCUCGCUGGAGUCCGCCACCACGGACAGCGACCAGAACUACGACUACCUGCGCGAGUGGGGCCCGCGGUUCCACAAGCUGGCGGAGAUGUACGGCGGCGGGGACAGCGACCGGGACUCCUGACCUGGGCGCGGCCCGUCCACUAGCCCACAGUCCGGAGAAGCAUCCUGCCACUCAGCACACGAUUUUUUUUUUUUUUUUUGUCCCAAGGACUUCUUCAUCUGUUCAUUCAUGACCUUGAUCUUUUUCUUUAUUUUUUCCCCCCCUCCUUGUAGGAUGUCUCCACGGAAUUGUCUACGAAAUUUUCUUUAAUCACUUCCAAGAGCCAAAGCUAUGGAAAUUCAGUGUUGUCCAUCUUAGAAAUAAAAGAUGAUCUCAGAAACACGAACAGGAUAGUUCUCCCUUGAGCCACCUCACACACAAGCCGCUUCUGUUUAGAUACACAUCCUGCCCCCUGCCAAUGAAGCUUUUUAAAAAGGUGAAGAAGAAAAAAAAAAAAAAGAAUUUUAAGGCAUAUCCUGUUCUGUACAUUAAGUUAAAAAGAAAACAAAAACAAAACGUAUAUGUGGUGUCAGUAGGUGUGAUUUGCAACCUGGUAUAUACAAACGUUUGUGCAAUU